GUCACGUACCACAUGCGCUUUAUGCUAUCCUUCGCCCCGUUCUUUCCUCAAUAUCGUACCAAACAACCCUAAAAGAGAAAAUUCUUCGCUUACUCCGACUUUCGUUGGCUUUUUUGACACUCCAAAGACACAACUAACCCCUGAAGGCGACAUAAAGUCCUGUACUAGCACUGCACACGUGUUUGCAAGCAUUUCCAGAGCUGUGUUUGCAGGUUUCCUGAAUUUUCCGAUAGUCAAAARUUCCCUCGAAAACGCCAUCCAAAAUGGCUGGUUUAGUCUUUCUCUCGAUAGUGCCAAAUGACAUGCAGUAGACGGGAAAGGCAAGAGGGGAAAGCUUGUGUUUGAAGUAGGAACAGCUUUUGCCGGCAUUGCUUCGGGUUAGUUCGGUCGCUUUGUUCGACCAUGGAUCGGCGUGAUGUCCCCAGCCAAAGUCCCGUUAACACACACAGCUUCUUUGAUGGUACUCCUGGUCACCCAAAUCCUGCACUUCGUUCACCAGCUUUGUCUCAUGAACGUUCUUAUGGAAUGCAUGCUUUACCAAGUGCAUUCUCUAUGAUGGGUAGAAGACCAACUUUAUCUCAUUCAAGUCCAGAUUUCCUCUCUCAGGAUCCAAUGCUUGGCUCCCAACCUAGUUUAUCUCCUUCAAGUCAUUUACAUACUGGCCUAGGAGGUGCUACGGGAACUCCUGGGUGGCCUUGGAUGCCUCCACAUCCACAUAUCACGAGCCCAGAUUAUUUCACUAGUCAUCUUUCUAGUGGUUGGUUGCAGGGACAUGAUCAUGAACGCUCUCGUGAACGUAUUGAUGAUUGCUUGUUUACAAGCCCAAGACCUCAUGGAACUCUGAUAAAUGGUGCUAGUAGUGCUGGUGUUUUUAGUGCUGGUUCUGGGAUAUUCUAUCCACCUCUCACCAAUUCUACCCCUCCAGUUCACAGUUUUACGCAACAUAGUUCAAGCUGGGGUAACCAUAACAACCACACACCAAGAGGCUCAUUUGAUCAUGGAGAUAAUCAUGAUACAGAUAUAUUUUCUUUGCCUAUGAGGACUAGACAUCCUAGCCUAUCUCAUAGUGAUGACUGUUUGAGUAAUAAGAACUCAAUUAACAAGCAUAGUGAAAUGGGAAGUUAUGCUCCAGACAGAGAUCAUAGAAUUGAGAAAGAAAGUGAGAAAUUAUAUGAUAGGUCAGUUGUAGAUGCAACAGGUGUUACUCAUGGUUCUCUUUACCAGGAUAAGACACACUCACUGCAAAAUGCUCCAACAGUUGCCAAAAGUAACAAAWGCAAGACUCCUCCAAUUGCAAAACCAAGUAAAGAAGUGAAAUAUCAAGAUACGAAGCAGAAGGAACCAAAAGUUGAUGAAUCAAAAAGUAUUUCUGGAAUUCAAAUUUCCCAAUCAAAAUUAAAUCUACAAGAAGGUAUUUUAGUAAAAACACAAUCAGAUCUAGAAGUGCCAGUGGUAUCUCUACCUUCCACCUCACCUGAAAAUAAAAGUUUACCUCCCCCUCCUAAGUUAACGAAGAGCAAGGCUCCACCUCCUCCAAGACUUCAAGUUCCCAAGUCAAUUCUCAAUGAACGAGAAGGUAUUAUUCCAAAAAUUCCUUCAAAAAGUCCUGAAAGUUCCAAACAAAAUUUUAGUGUGCCUUCACAGAAACCAGUGAAUAGUAGUACUGUUAAAGCASCUCCAGUGGCUUUGAACAACAAGCCUUCAUUGCUAAAUUCCAAUGARUCACUAAAAACAAAAAUAGAUUCUAAACUCAGUGCAACUAAAGAAGCAUUAAAACAGAAGUUGAAAGAAAAGCCAUCUGGUCCUCAACAAACAGCCAAACUACCAGACCCUAAGAGUCUGCUACCCCAGGCAGCYGCUGUCAAGCCUUCAGAGCCAGUCAUAUCAAGCUGGGCUACCAGUACCACAACAAAAAGCAGUAUUAGUUCUUCCUCAAAGCCCUCUGCAGCUCCAACCCCUAAAAUUCCUUCUGGUAAACCUUUGCACAUGGCCAGAUUCAGGCUGCCAUAUAAUAACGAGGAUACAAGCGACGAAGAAAGUGACAGUAGUGAUGUGAGCAGUGGAAGUGAGGCGGAGAGUGAAGAAGAAGAGGAGGAAGGUGAAGGAAAGGAAGAUGAGGAAAGUGGCAGUGGAAGUGAUAGUGAAAGUGAUAGUGAUGGUGAUGGUAGUGACAAUGAGGAGGAUGAAGAGGAAGGUGGUGGUGAUGAUGAAGAAGAGGCUGAUGAAGAAGAAGAAGAAGAUGAUGAUGAUGAGAAUUCUGGAAUUUUGUGCAGUCAAGAAGAAGAAAGCUUUAGUGUGCCAUUACAUGGUAAACGAAAGAUACCAUCAACUCAAGACACAGAAACAGAAAGGAAGAAAAGAAGAACCAUUGAUGAAGAAGCUGUGCAAGUUCCAUUGACGCAGGGAUGGCGAAGACAAACACGCCUGCGCCCUUUUGCCCCUCAAGGUUCAUUGCGUGCAGAUGUCUAUUACUUUGCUCCUUGUGGCAAGAAGCUUAGAACAUAUCCAGAAGUCUCUAGGUACUUGGCAAAGAAUGGUAUCACCCAUCUUGGAGUAGAGAACUUUAGUUUUAGUACCAAGCUUUUUAUUGGAGAAAUGCUUGAGUGUAAAGAGGGCACAAAUGAUUAUGAGAUGUUAGAUCCAGAAGAAGUUGAGAGGAGGAGGACUGAGGCUGAAAAGAAGAAAAAAGUGAAAAGUGAAAGAGUUACAAAAAGAGCAGAGAAGAAAAUUCUUCAUUCAGAAAUGGUAAAGAAAGCACAAGAAAAAAAAAUGCACAUGAAGCUUGAAAAACAAAUGGCCAUGGAAGCAAUGAAGGCAGGCAAAAGAGCAAGAAUGGAAGCCAGACGAAUGAAAAAGCUUGAACGCAUGCAAGCAAUCCAACAAGCAAGACAGGCCAAGAGAGAUCAGUUGCGCAUGCGGCAAGAACAGAAGAGACAGGAAAAGGAAAAUCAAAAACAACAGCGCCACUUGGAAAAGCUAAGAAAACAGGAACAGAUAAGACUGGAAAAAGAGCUUCGAGCUCACAAGGCACAAGAGGCUCGACGUUCCAAGAAACAAACUGUUGCUAGUGCUAAAUAUGAGGAAGCCAUGAAAAAGGCCAAGGAUAGGGAGCUCAAACGCAUCCAAGCUGUACUCCUCAAACAACAGGAUAAGGAGCAAAAGAGACAACAGCAGAUGAUGAUAAGAGCAUUGGAGAUCCAAAGAAAAACUGAAGAACGUGAAAGGCAAAAAGAAGAGAAAAGAAUGGAGAAAAAACUUAUCAAAGRAAGAAAACUGGAACAGAAGAGAAGGGAGAUGAUUCUGGCUCGUGAGCUGAAAAAACCUGUUGAGGAUAUGGUCUUAAGAGAUGCUAAGGAGUUACCUACUCUUCCUCGCCUUGAGGAGUGUGUCCUACCUGGCAAAGCUUUUGCAGAUCUUCUUAUGGUCAAAGAAUUUGUAGAAAACUUUGGAGAAGCCUUAGAUAUUGAUGUGUCAACAGAAUUACCAAGUGUAAAGGAUAUGCAGCUAUGUUUAUUGAAUGAAGGAGAGGAGGUUCUUUUACCUCUUUGCCAAUCUUUACUUUCUCAGGCUCUUGAGGAUCCUGGCUAUGAUGGGCCAUAUUCUGUGACCUUACUUGGACAGCAUCUGCACAAAGUAGAUCUCARUGAGAAUAACCUGUCAGAAAUUUUAAGGCUUUUUAUCCUGUGUAGAAGUGAUGGAGAACAUGAAUUGGCAGAUUCUCUUUUAAGCCAACCAUUUCAGUCUUUGUCUGCCAUCCAGAAGAGUGCUGUGCUAGCAUUCCUGUGUAAUGAGCUUCUUUGUAGUCGAGUUAUCUGUGGUGAAAUUGAUAACAGUAUUGAAAGCAUGUCAAGUCUAAGGAAGGACAAGUGGGUGAUUGAAGGAAGGAUCAGAAAGCUGAAAGCCAUUCAAGCAGAAAARUACCCAGUGGUAAAGAUCAAAAAGCCCCCAGGACGACCAAGAGCUGAUGCUGCAUCCACAGAAACAGAGAACAGCAAGGAUGCUGCAUCGAUAGCUGGUGAAAGCAACCAGGGAAAUGAUGAUGAGGAAGAUGAAGAUGAUGAUGAUGAUGAUGAKGAUGAGGAUGAUGAUGAAGAYGAUGAGGAUGGUGAAGGUGGUGAAAAUGGUACUGAAGGCAGUGAUGAAUCUGAUGAAGAACAGGAUGACACUGAACCCCAAAAUCAAGAAGAGCUCGAAAGAAGACUGAAAAAGCUUGAGAAGAAACAUGCACAGUUCCGUUCGAAGCUCUUCAACCACUCCCACUCACUGCGAGCCCUUAGUCUUGGUCAAGAUCGCUUCAAGCGCCGUUACUGGGUGUUCCCACGAACAGGAGGUGUGUUCAUUGAAGGGAUGGCAAGUGCUGAGAUUGAAGGACAAACGGAAAUAGUCAAAGAAGGAGAAGAGGUUCAAGGCGACCGAGAACGUGUUGAGAAAAUGGACAUCAAUGCUGCAAUAAAAGAAGGUGGUAGAAUAAGAAAAAGAAACAGUUCAUGUUUAAAUGAAUCAGAAGUUAAURCUUCAAAGUCUGAAGCAAAUGGUGAACCAUCUAUGAACAGUGCUGUGGUCUCAAAACAGUCUAUGUCUACCAUGUCGACACCUCAGUUUGUGAAGAUAGARAAUGUUGUCAAUAGUACAUCGCCUAUUGGUGCACAUUUUAUGGCCAAGAUUGAAGCCACUCCYGCCCAGAAUGUUUGGUUUGGCUUAUUGCCACGCAUGCCUUGUGAUGAGUCAUCGCUGACACUGUCCCACACCCCUUUCAGUGGUAACUUUGUACCGUCUUACAGCAAGAAAGCAGAAGUUGUUCCUGUUGAUUCACCAAUCCCUGUCAAGCGCCCUCCUGGUCGACCACCUAAGAAUGCCACUCCUGUCUACCAGACCAUUGUGACUGGGAUAGAAAGUCCUUUAGCUACCCUUAACAAUCAGCAUCUGCUUACACCUCCUAAUAUGUCCCCUGCUACUCCUCCUGUUCCAAGACCUCCUUGUACUAGUGCUAGCAGCACCUCUCAYAUAUCWACCAUGUCAUUGUCAUUUGAAGAGUUGAAAAAGAGUGUUCUUGAAUCUCUUCGACGUGAGCCUGCUCCUAUUCCACCAGGUAUGACUUUUGAAUAUUAUGUCAUUGCCACCUUUCAUUCUGUUCCUGUCAUCUUUGUUUUCAGGGGUAUCCGUGAAAAGAUGCUCCAGAAAAACUUUCAGAAAUACUCUGACUACAUUAGUACAUCAUGUAAAAAGACACUUGAUAACGAUUCAGACUCUGAUUCAGACGACGAAACAGAAGAAUGCAAAAAGAAAAAAGCACAUCAAACACAUGAUACMUGGUUUCCUGCUGCACAGUUUGCUGUUAAUAAGUCUAUUCUAAAAGAAGUAGAAGAACUAGAAGAGAAGGUGUUUGCAGCUAGUCUACAAGUUAAGGGCUGGAAAUUGCCAGCAAAGAUGUCCAAAACCCUUUCAUUUAACACACUUAAUGACAUCAAACCCAACAAUGAUGACAACCCAUUGUCAGUUGCUGUUUCUCGACUAGAGGCGCUGGAACUUGGUAUUGAGAGAAGAUAUCUAAAACACCCCUUCAGAGAUGAUAAACUGCAGAUCCCUUCAAACAUUGGCACUGCCCUCGCUCCUGGUGAAGUACCCACAGAAGUGAAUGAUGAAGAUUCUGCAGCACAAUUUCAACCCAUCAAGACAAAUGUUACACCUGCUUUAAGAACAUGGCGCACUGCUGUAGCCUCUGCCACCAAUGCCGCCCAGCUUUCCAUGUGUUUGAAUAUGUUAGCUAACUGUAUAGCGUGGGAAAAAUCUAUCAUGAAAGUGUUCUGCCAAAUGUGUCGUAAAGGGGACAACGAGGAGCUGAUUAGCUGUGCAGGAUUUCUUUUCGUAUACUCGUUCAACAUGUUCAUUUUUCAUCUAUUUGUAUUUCAGCCUAAGUUAGCGUGUAUUCCUGAAGGGGAUUGGUAUUGUAUGGACUGCAUCGUGCUUGCAUCAGGUGGGGAUAACUGUUGUGUGUGUGGUGGAGCUGUUGGAAAGAUGGCUAAAUGUGAUAACUGCCCCAGGAACUUCCAUCUGCAGUGUCUGGAACCGCCAUUAGUCAAGUUGCCACGCUCUUCGUGGACAUGUCCCAACUGCAAAAGACGGAAGGGAAAGAAUCGCACUACAACGCGCAAAAGGGACAAGAAAAAGGAACGCGAAGCAGAGGCUGAAGCUCGAGCAGAGGCUGAACUACAAAUGGAGUUGGAAAGAGAGGAAGAAGAAGAAGGAGAAGAAGAGCAAGAUGAAAGGGAUUCACAAGAACCUAGACAUCAUGUUAACAGGAAACAAACCUCCAAGGAUAUGGCGCCUUGCCGAACAAUACUGGCUGAGAUGGAAAAACAUGAUGAUGCAUGGCCAUUCUUGAUACCAGUCAAUGCCAAACAGUUUCCAGAGUAUUACAAGAUUAUACGCAAACCAAUGGAUUUCCAUACGAUGAAGAUCAAAUUACGAGACUACCAAUACACAUGCCCUCAAGAGUUCGUUGAAGAUAGUCGGCUCGUGUUUAGAAAUUGUAACGAGUUCAAUGAAGACGAUUCCGAGGUCGGACAAGCAGGAAAACGAAUAUCAAUUUUCUUUGAAAACCGCUGGAAGGAAUUAAUGGCACAAGAAAGCUAGACAUGACAUUUUUACUUGCGAAUCGAGGUGCUUUCCUUGCAAGAAUACUUUGGUUGCUUUUAGUCAAGACAUUGGACUGUCAUCCAUAAAUUACAAUAGGGGAGGGAGGAAAGAUCAAACAAUAAAGUAAAUUUGAUCGUAAUGAUUUUAAAAUUGUGCUGAAUUAGCUCAGUAAUAAAGCCAGUGAAUUACAGGGUGGCGGGGAAAAUCGCUGAUUUUUCAAACAUUCAAAGUGUUCUAGUUUUCUAAAGUGCAAUUUUCUUCAAMUGUAGGAGUUUAGUGAUUUAUAAAGGAAAUAAUGGAAAAAGCUUUAUAUUAACUUUAAUACGGUUUCUCUUUGUGUGUUAAACCCCAGUAAUUCAUUUUUAGCAGUGUGUACAUGUCACAUGUAAAUAUCAAGUCAGUACUGACCGUGCUUAUUUUGAGAAACUAUUUAAAAAACACUCGAACAUGGCUUUAAAUACAGAAUUGUAUAGUUUCAAUAAACCUUAAAGUAACAUUUUCUAUGGGAUUUUUACUGAUAUGAUUGUAAUAAUAUUGCGAAAAAUAAAUACCAACGAUUUGAAUA